CAAGGCAAAGCCCCGAUAGUAGUAAAUAAAUCCAUCGUGUGUCGCGAUGUCGAAUUCUUGAAUUCGAUCAGAAAAAUGUCGUUGUUUAAAACAAAAGAAUGGUGGAGAACACAGUGCGGAGUGAACGAAUCCUUCGACAGGCGCAGCCUCCUGAUCGCGCCGUUGUUUGGCGCCGACCGGAAAGACAUUGUCGUCGUCGGCAGUCACAGUGGAUGCCUGCGGAUAUAUAGCCCGUCGUCGCAAUGGAUAGAGGAAACGAAAUCGCCGAGUGGUUACAAGUCCACAGAUCUGAUCAUCGAGACACAAAUCGGCGACUGUAUCGUCGACAUGAAGACGGGAAAAUUCGUCUCAGGCUCGCAAGAUACCCGACUCGCGAUAUUGACAUCAACAAAACUUAUCAUUUACAGUAUUGUUUUGAACCAAGGCUCCAUCGAACAUGGCGAUCGUUGCGACCUGGAAGCUGUUUACGAGCACUUGCUGCCGCGAUUUCCGGCGUCUUUAACGACAGGUCCGUUCGGCGGUGUGCGGGGUCGAGACUUUCUCUGCGUCCAAUGCCUGGACAGCACGCUUCUCUUCUACGAGCAGGAGACUGCUACCUUCAGCCUGGUUCUCGGGAAUCGACUGCUGCCGGAGCCGAUUGUCUACAUUUCGCGGAACGACGUCUUCGUGACGUCGAGCUCCUCGUGGAGUCUCGAAUGCUACAGAUAUAAGAGUAUGGCGGAAUUCGGAAGCAAGGAUCGCUCGGAAGAACCGAAGAAUCUGGAGCCAGAUUGGAGUUACAAUAUCGGAGAAGCCGUUCUCGACAUCGAUGCCGUUACCUUGAGCAGUUUCGAGGUCGGGAUUCUCGUGCUCGGUGAAAAGAAUCUCUACUGUUUAAAGGACAAUUGCGUUUCUCUCAAGUACGCGAAGAAACUCGAGUACAAGGCUCUCUGCUUUCAAGCCUACGUGAUAGAACCGGAUGGCAAGCUGAUGGUGCUCGUAAUCGCUGACACGAGCACCCUGAUGAUUUACGAGGGUACGACUCUUAAGUGGUCGGCUCAGCUGCCGCUUACUCCGGUCGCUGUAACUCGAGCGCAUUUUCAGCAUUUAAACGGAGUGAUCGUCGUUCUCUCCGAAGAGGGUCAGCUGGAGGCUUGCUACUUGGGCUCGGAGCCGUCAUUAUUUAUCGCGCCUCCUCUUCAUCGACGCGGUUACGAUUACGUGGCCGCUGAGGAUGAACUCAUGGAGCUCCGCAAGCUGGCAAAGAGAAAUAAGACUUCCGGCAAUCAGCUGACUGAUGUCACCAUGGACGCCGAGCUGAUAAUAUCUGUGACCGUGUCUCUGGAUCUGGAAGCCUGUACGCGCGGAAACCGAGAAGAUUCUAAGGACGACACAGAGAGUCGUAAUUUAAUGUGCAGAAUCACUAUAGAAUUAUCCACUUACACGACGUUACACGAUGUUCAGGUGUGCGUGGACGUUUCGAAGCCGUUCAUCGCCGAGAAAGAUUGCCACGUUAUUUCCAAUCUUUGUGACCGGCACAUUCUGCGCACGAUGAUCUACGCGACCGCGGAUCUGCCGGCAUUGUCGUCAGAUGUGAGAAUCACCGCGAGCUAUGAGACGGCGGAUCGUGGGAGCCUGCGUGUACUUCAGAAGACGGCCCAGCUGCCCCUGAAGAUGAUGCUGAGAGUCUGCCCACCCGAGAACACGUCCACCUUCACGGCGACCAUCAAGUGCAGCGAGCCCCUCGUCGCUUUUAGUCAGCUAUUUCCCGAGCUUACAGGGGACGUGCAGAGGCAAAAUUGGAAUGCACUCGGCUUGCAACAUGUGCAAACUGGUAGCGUGGUGACAAUCAUUUCCGGUACUAACAGCAACAGGUAUCGAGUGCAAUCGAACGACGGGCUUUCAAUGGCCUUGGUGAUUCAGCAGUUGGUGAAUAGACUCAAAGACAAGGCCACCGGAAAUUUUACGACCACUAUCACGCAAAAUCACAUACAGCUAGUUCAGUCUCAAAUGGAGGCUCACUUUCGCAGCCGCCAAGAGGCCGACAGAAUCACGAACGAGAUCGGGCUGCUAUCGACCCAGUUGAGAAACAUCGAGAGGAGGAUGCUGCGCGUCGUGAGGGAGCGAAACACCCGAUCUUUGGCCACGACCGGAUUGCCGUUCCUCUUGGAAUCGACUUAUCGUUCGAUCUUCGCGCUUCUGGAUGAUCUCGCGAUCGCACGAGCGGAUCGAGAACGUACCGGUCACGGUUUGCGGUGCGCCGUGAGGUUAUUACUUCUGCUAUUGCGGCUCAAUGUAAACGAUGAUAAGUACACGAUGCUCGAAGCCGCAAUCGGAUUCGAGCCACAGCUGCGCGACGAACUCGACUGGGAAGAGAUCGCCGACGCUAGUCUAAGCGCUUUUCUUCGGUCUACGUCUAGAAAAUCCAUCGGCCAUCUGGACACGAAACCCACGACGUUAAGCAAGAUGACGACAUUCAAAGAAUUCGCGAAGUUAAAGAAACGCCUGAUUCAUGCGGUCGAACGUCUCGACAGCCACCGAGAAGCCGAUAUUGCCGAAAACGAACCAUUGGAAAUUGGCGAUCGCGCCUCUUCUUAGAUAUCCGUGUUGUAAUAAUUUAAUAAUUUAUUAUUGUAAUUUAUUAUUGUAAAUGCUUCAAGUAAAAAUCUUAAUGACGUAAGUCUCGUUACAUCGUGAAAUAAAAUCUAUUUUCA